AAGACUUUGGCGUGUUGAAGAUCGGGAUGAUAACCUGCAGUCAAUCCUCACUGCGGAAAUGUCGAUGAACUCAUAGUGCGAAUCUCAGAUUUGAUGCUUAUAUAGAUCCAGAGGGGAGAAUUAGAGUUUCCCAUUGGAUCGGCUGGUACAAAGUGCCUGUUAGAUCCUCGAUCCUGUUCCACCAUCUCAACUGGCAAUGAGAUGAAGAAUACUGCUGCGUUGUAUAACGUCAUUUGAAUUGACACCACACGCAGCCAAGAUAUAAAAGCAGCCCAGUUCCAAGCGAUUUAGCUAUGCUUUUGGCAAACUGAAUUGAAACUGUCGGGUCGCAAGCCCCCAACUAUGAUUAAUUAUCCUCCCAUCUCUAGAGAAACUUAAUGGAAACUGUACUCGUAGUCGGAGCUUCUGGCAACAUAGGAGUCUCUGUCAUAAUUGCUGCUUUGCGAAGCGGGCGUCGAGUGCUCGCCAUAGUCCGCAGUAGUGCUGCAGAAAAGAAAAUUGUCCAACACGUUGGAACAAAGGAUGGAAUCACCUUUGUUGAGGCUCAGGUGACAGAUGAGAACAGCGUUCAAAAAGUGGUUGACAGAGUCAAAGCUGGCGAACUCCCAGAUUUCCAACACGUCUAUUCUGCCGUCGGCAAGAUGGAGACCACACAUCCCACACAAAAUCUUAAAAUGUCUGCCUUCCGCGAUAUCAUGAGCAUUAACUUGGAGGGUAAUUUUUUGGCCUAUCGAGCUACCAUUCCGUACUUGAUCGAUCAAGGGUAUCCUAACGCCACCUGGACGCUCGUAACAGGAUCACUGGGUGACUUGGGCUUUGCUGGCGUCACGGCUAUAUCGCAAGGCGCACUUUUCUCUUUGGCAAGCGUAGCCUGUUUAGAGAACUUCAAGACCAAUGUUCGCUUCAAUGAGGUGUAUCUGGGCUAUCGCGUCGACUAUGAUUCCGUCGUCGAGGAGGAAGGAGGGGAUAAUCGGAUGAAAUCUUCCGAGUUUGCUCAUGUCUAUGAGACCAUUCUCGCCAAUCCAGACAUCAGAGGAUGUCGAAUUACGGUUUCUGGCCCAGAGGACGUUGAUCAGCUCAAGUACAAAAAGAAGCUCCCUGACUAUGAUUACGACUCACUAUUUGCCGAGUAUAUGUGAUUACUCGCAAUACGCGGACGAACAUUCAAAAGAGGGAGAAGA